AGCACCAACCGGGAGCUCCCUGUGCAUCAUAGCACCAUCACAAUUACCGCAAAGUGACAUUUUUCACUAAACUGCACUGUUCUGGCUUUGAAAUGUCACUCAGAGCCAAAUCCCACACAGACCUGCAGAUGGCUAGGGAGUCUUCGUUAGAUGACAGUCUGUACAAGUCUUUCUCCAUGAGCAGCAGCAACGUUAACAGAGGAAGCCGGUUCGGGAAUGGGACAGCAGAAGAGGUCAAAGGUUUCUCCAGACCGUCCAGGAGGCCUGUGAGGGUGGUUAGGCCGGUCAGCGCCAUCAGCUCCAAUGGCUCCUUCGUCCAGAUCAACCAUCUGCAAGGAGAGCUGGUCAGAAAGAGGAAGGAAUGUGAGGAUCUGAGAAAGGAAAACAAGUACCUAUCAAAUGAGAUCCACAUGGAGCGGAUCAUGAUGCGCACAGAGAAUGAGCUGACCAUGAGGAACCUCCGGAACUUGAACCAGGAGCUACAGGCACAAGUCAAAGAGCUGAAGCAGAAGCUGUAUCAGAGCCAGCAGAGGGCAACGUUGUGCUCACGAGCUGCAGAUGAGGCAGAGGAGUCCAGAGGGGAUGCAGAGAAGAGCAGGGCCCUAGCUGAGGCUCGGGCCCUCGGAUGUCAGCGGGACAGGGAGGUAGCAGAGGCUGACAGGAGCCACCUGAGUGAAGAACUGCAGCAGCUCAAAAAAGAGCACACUGAUCUGCAGCUUUCCCUAGCACAAACAGAGAAGAGUUACUUUGAAACCAAGCUGAAGCUGGAUCGAGUGUCUGGGGAGAAACAGGCCCUGCUGCAGGAGAACAGGAGCCUGGAGGGAGACAGGAAUGACCUCCGACACAAGCUGAGGCAGAUCACAGAGGAAAAUGUGCAACUGAAAGAGAGUGAGGUGAAUUCGAGGCGCAGAGCGAUGGCGUCGGAGGAGGAGAGCAAGAAGGCCAACCAGGCUCGGCGGGAGGCUGAGGCCGAGAGGCGUCUGGCGGAGAAGGAGAGGCAGGAGAGAACGGCUGAGUGUCUCAGCUGGAGGGAGAAGCACCAGGAGCUCGCCGACAGGUUGAGAGCUCAGGAGGACCUGAAAGCUCUAAGGCAGAACAAAGCAUGUCAGGCCAACAUCAAGAGUUAUUUCCUCUGUAUGACAGAAAGCGAUCAAAGGGUGAAAAUCCUCAAAAAUCAAGAUGGCAACCCAAGAAAUUUUACGGAGGGAGACCCUGUGUACAUCUCCACCUCAGAGUCCAGUCCCGAAGAGCCUGAAAGAAGUUCAUCCAGGACCAUGUUAAGGGUCUCUGCCCCACACAUGGGGAGGGAUCUGGGUCCGAGUCACUUCGAUGAGCUACCCGCCUUCGGAGGAGAGCGACCCGACUCUGCCCCUCAACGCAGAAGCAGGAAGGUGGUGGACUACUUCUGGAUCCCAACUGACCAGGAAUAGUCAACAAUUAACAAUUUGUCAUAGCGACGAAGGGUGAAACCUGCCUUGUUUGAUCAUGAUAGCAGGAAGAGAUUUUUCACAGAGCAGAUUGUGACUGAGGAAAAUGCUGAGAUGACACGGCACACACGCAAACCUCCAGGCCCAGGUCCACCUUGUCCAACAUGUCUAUCACUACAGAGCCCGAAUCAACUUCUCCUGCCUCCACUCACACAGUGGGACGUCUUCCUCAUUCUUCAAACUCAGCUGAAGAACAUCUCAAAAACUAGCCAUCUGCUUCUUAUUCAACUUGCUCUUUACCAUUUUUACCAGUGGUAACACUUCCAAAACACAGGUUGCUUUGUAUGUUACACAUUUGUUUCUGUGGCUGACUAAAAUGAGCGACUGUAACUGCAUUCGCAAACUCAUUUGAAUGUCAAUUUCAAGUACUUUUAAAUUACUUUCAGGAUUUUGUGUGAUGACAUUCAAGGAUAUAGUUAGGAACUAAUUUGAAUAAUGAUUAAAGAGAUAUAUGGUACUGGUAAAUUAAUACACUUGUCCCCAUCUCCACUACUUUCCACAAGCUCUUCAGCAAGGCAUUUAAAGUCCAGGCGCUUCCAUGGAGCCGCUCAGACUGGCAGUUUGAUCAAUGAUCAGAUUGUGCUCGUUCCAGAUGUGAAUGUGUGUAACAGGGUGUGAUCAUUUUGAUGCAGAGUUUGAAUAUGUGCGGGAAAGUAAUGUAAAUAAAAGUGACAAACAGUU